UGUUUUUGGACUCCUUGGAUUGAGGUGGCGUUAUCUGUCAGGCUGUUCCAUUCUGACGAUCGUUGGCUAGUCUUUCUACUGUUCUUCAGAAUGAAUCGUCAGUAUGGUGUAGCAAGCAGAAAGCGUCGGGUGAGUCAGGCAACUGCUGAAGCCCCGAUAUCACCUGAUUCGAGUUACAACAAUGCAUACACUGCCUACGAAGACGAAGGGCGAGAACCGCCUCUACUUCCCCCGCAACUCCAAAUGGCCGUGCUAAACCACCAAACGAACAGAGAUGAAUCUGCAACCCUCCCGUCUCCAGGGCACGUGACUGUAAAUCAUCUCUACACUGAUACCUAUAGCAGAGAAGCACCAGCAGAAGCUGUGGCGCUGUCAACUACACAGCGGUUUCACUCAAAAUACGUCACGGUCGUGCUUUACAAACCAUCUCCGAGGCGGGGCAGUGGCUGAGAUGCUAGGCUUGGUGUAAAUGCAGCAGCAGUAAAUAUUACAGAAACUCAGUGAAAAGUGUUGGCUUUAUUUCUCAGGAUGUGGUAAAGAAACUAGUGAUGCAUCUUUCCUUGAACUUGUGCACUGUUGGAUCCGGUGAUGUGCAUAUACCUUUAAGCUUUUCAGUUUUUUUUUUGGCUUUGCUUGAAAAAAGUGAGAUUUUUACUAUAUUUCAAGAAAAGAAGUAUAUUGUACAUUGUACAAUCGUAGCUCGUAGCCGGCACAAGAAUGAUGAUUGUAAUAGUGUCGUAAAUGUAUUUUGUACUUGAUAAAAUUAUACGGAGUAUUUCUUUUCA